UUUUUUUGUUACUUGUUAUCUCGCUACGCUACAUCACCUUUUGCUAAACAUUCCUAAUCGCAUCCAUGGCCAAAGCAGCAGUAGAAAAGCCUGCAAAGCCUGAUGUUGAGUCUGAUUCGGACUCUAGUGACGAUGAGGAUUAUGUUCCCGAUGAUAAAGCCGAUAUUCAGAGUGAAGGAGAAGAUGACAGUGAUGAUACGGAUGCGGAACAAAAUGAUGGCGCAGGAUAUGGCAAAGAUAUUGAAGAUGCUUCAACUACCCGUUCAGGAAAGCGGCGUGCAAAGUCUUCUUCUUCUUUGAAUGACGCAAAUAAAAACAAGAGACCUCAACCAGAGGACACAAUUAGUCAAGCAGAAGCACAGAUUAAAAAGAGUCGACUAGACGCUCUCUGGGAAGAGAUGAAUGCUCCUGUAUCAAAACCAGCCUCGCGCCCCGAACUUUUAAUGGCAGCUACAUCUGGAUUUGGAGCAAAGACAGAAAAUAAGCCACCAUCGUCAUCAGGCAAGAUGGUUACCAUCACAACGACAUAUGAUUUUGCGGGAGAGACCGUAACAGUGACCAAAGAUGUCCCUGAGGAUUCUAAGGAAGCAAAGGAGUUUAUGCAAAAGAACAAGACAGGGAUGGAAACCACUCCGCAAGCCACAUCUAUAGACACAGAAGACACGACCACUGAAUUAUCAUCGACCUCGACUUCAGUUAUUGCGGAUACAAAUGAACCAACAGAUUCGAUACUCACAACAACUGUCAAUCCUACAGCAGAUAUAUCAGACUUAUCAAACUCAACAACGACUGUAACAACGCCUUCAUCAUCAUUAUCACCAGCAUCGCCGUCAUCAUCAUUAACAACAACAACAACAACAGCAGUAUCAGGUCCACGCGUAGUGACCCGUCCUUCAAUUCUCGAUACUCUGGCCAAGAAGGGACCUGUUCGGUAUGUUCGCAAGAAAUCCACAUUGGAUGAAUUAGCUGCGACCUAUGGUGUAAAGAAACCUCCAAAGAUGAACACGUUAGAAAAAUCCAAGCUGGACUGGAAGAAUUUCGUGGGCAAGGAAGGCAUUGAAGACGAACUAAAGCAUCAUAACAAGGAUGGAUAUAUGGAAAAAGUUGCCUUCUUGCAACGAACGGAUGAGCGGCGAGAUCAAGAAUACCAAAUGUUGAAGAAGAAGAAGUAGUUUGAUAGAGUGAUAGAAUGCUGUCAACAUGUACC